AUGCAGAGUCAAGAAAGAUCACCAACCGAAUUCUUAAAUAAUGUCAUUGGUAGACCCGUACUUGUUAAAUUGAAUUCGGGUGUUGAUUAUCGAGGAAUUCUGUCUUGUUUGGAUGGUUACAUGAAUAUUGCUCUUGAACAAACUGAAGAAUGGGUUAAUGGUCAGCUUAAGAACAAAUAUGGUGAUGCUUUCAUUCGUGGAAACAAUGGUAUAAAAUCAAUUCUUUGA